AUGGCUACCCAGGAAGAGCUCACUGCUCUCUUCGCUCGCAAUUUGAAUUUGCACAACAAUUACGUUACUCCAGCACCAGAGCUAGAGCCUGUACCCGCACCAGUAGAGACUCCAAUUGUCUACUCCAUUUCCCAGCAUUAUCACCAUUCCGCACACGUAGUGCAACCAGCUCAACCAGCACGACCGGCUUCCGAACCACCACAGACAGACCAGUUGACAGCAGAAAUCAUUCUCAGCAGACAUGGUGUAGACGUGGCAUCUCUCUUCCCUUCCCAGCUCGAGCUAUUUAAGACGGCAGGCCCUAGCCAGCAAAUGCGUUUGGUUGAACUUUGGCGAAUCUGCCCACCAGAUUACGGAGGACAUGCAUUGGCACAAGACAUCAGCCACUGGACAACAACUUCCGUAGAGCAGGAAGAGGCUAUGGCUAAGCUUCGUUAUGAGCGACAGAUCUUGGAGGAACGUAUGUCGCGAACUGGUGGAGACCAAAGCAUGGAUAGUGAUACAAUGAGUGAUUCCAGCAUCGCUGGACCACUCACCCCGGUGCAAGGUCCCGAUGGUAGAUGGGGAAUAGCUGGUGGAUCAACCGCCGAGCCAUACAUGGCCUCCGGGUAUGAAGCUUUAGCUCAACGAGAGUAUGAACAGUCCUCGGCACCACACUCUAAAGACAUCUACUCUCAUUUUGGGAACUCUGUCGGUGCACAUGCAUACAACAAAUCCACAGACCCAGUCUACAAUACGAACGAAUCUAUGCACGGAGGUUCUAACAUCGGCGGCGACUGGCAACACCUGAUCGAGCAAAGACAAAUGGCAAUGGAGAACCAGUACGGGUCAUAUACUGAACAGUCACAGCAAUGGAACGGAGGUGUUGCAAUUACAGGACAAGAAGACGAGGAGAUGUUGUAA